CCCUAAACCUCGAAGAAUUCAAGCCAUACUCCGAAGCUUCAUCGAGCAGCAGCAGCAGCAGACCCCGCACAGUCGAAGCUCUCUUCCGAUUCGUCUCCCCGCCGCCGCCGCCGGAUCUCUCUCAUGAGCCUCCGGCAGCGCCCCCCGCCGUCCCAGCACCGCCGCCCCGGCGGCGAGGAGGAGGAGGAGGUGGAGGAGGAGGAGGAGGUCUACAACGUGAUCCCCAUCCACAACCUCCUCGCCGACCACCCCUCCCUCCGCUUCCCGGAGGUCCGCGCCGCCGCCGCCGCGCUCCGCACCGUCGGCAGCCUGAGGAGGCCGCCCUUCUCGCCGUGGCGGGAGCACUACGACCUCCUCGACUGGCUCGCCCUCUUCUUCGGGUUCCAGGCCGACAGCGUCCGCAACCAGCGGGAGCACCUCGUCCUCCACCUCGCCAAUCUCCAGAUGCGCCUCUCCCCGCCCCCGGACAACAUCGACUCCCUCGACCCCGCCGUCGUCCGCCGCUUCCGGAAGAAGCUGUUGAGGAACUACUCCGACUGGUGCGCCUUCCUGGGGAAGAAGUCCAACGUCUGGAUCUCCGAUCGCCGCCAGUCCACCCCGGAUCCGCGCCGCGAGCUCCUCUACGUGUCGCUCUAUCUUCUCAUCUGGGGCGAGGCCGCGAACUUGCGCUUUAUGCCCGAGUGCCUCUGCUAUAUAUUUCAUAACAUGGCCAUGGAGCUGAACAAGAUCUUGGAGGAUUACAUCGAUGAGAAUACUGGGCGGCCUGUGUUGCCCUCGUUCUCGGGGGAGAAUGCGUUUCUGAACACGGUGGUGAAGCCCAUUUACGAGAUUGUCGGGGCUGAGGUGAAGGCGAGUGAGAACGGGACCGCGCCGCAUCGCGCCUGGAGGAAUUACGACGAUAUCAACGAGUACUUCUGGAGCAAGAGGUGCUUUGAGAAGUUGAAAUGGCCAGUUGACGGCGGGAGUAACUUCUUCGUGACUAGCGGGAGGAGCAAUCGCGUGGGGAAGACGGGUUUCGUGGAGCAGAGGUCGUUUUGGAACCUGUUUAGGAGCUUCGACCGAUUGUGGGUUAUGUUGGUCUUGUUUUUGCAGGCGGCCAUUAUUGUUGCUUGGGAGGGGACGGAUCCGUGGAAGGCAUUGGAGAGUAGGGAGGUUCAGGUAAGGGUUUUGACUGUGUUUUUCACUUGGAGUGGAAUGCGGUUCCUGCAGUCUUUGCUGGAUAUAGGAAUGCAGUAUAGGUUGGUAUCGAGGGAGACGAUGGGGCUUGGAGUGAGAAUGGCGCUGAAGACUGUCGUUGCCGCUGUGUGGAUCAUCGUCUUCGGGGCGUUCUAUGGGCGCAUUUGGUCUAAAAAAAAUGCCGACGGGGGAUGGUCUGGCGCAGCAAAUACGAGGGUGGUCAAUUUUCUUGAGGUAGCCCUUGUUUUCAUUCUGCCGGAGCUGUUAGCUUUGGCUCUCUUUGUCAUUCCUUGGAUUCGCAAUUUCCUGGAGGGAACGAAUUGGAGGAUCUUUCACUUGAUGACUUGGUGGUUCCAGAGCAGAAUUUUUGUGGGCCGUGGUCUUCGGGAAGGUCCGGUGGAUAAUGUGAAGUAUACUCUGUUCUGGAUUAUGGUGCUUGCCACAAAGUUCUCCUUCAGUUACUUUAUGCAGAUCAAGCCCAUGAUCAAGCCGACAAAAGAGCUACUGGAUCUCAACGACGUGAAAUAUGAAUGGCAUGAAUUCUUUAAUAAUAGCAAUAGGUUUGCAGUUGGGCUGCUGUGGCUUCCUGUCGUGUUGGUGUACCUUAUGGAUUUGCAGAUUUGGUACUCCAUAUAUUCCUCGUUUGUGGGAGCAGCAGUUGGGUUGUUUGAUCAUUUGGGCGAGAUCCGAAAUAUUCAGCAGUUGAGGUUGAGGUUCCAAUUCUUUGCUAGCGCUAUUCAGUUUAAUCUGAUGCCAGAAGAGCAGCUUCUGAAUGCAAGGGGCACGCUGAAAAGCAAGUUUAAUGAUGCCAUUCGCCGAUUGAAGUUGAGGUAUGGACUAGGCAGGCCAUAUAAAAAGCUCGAGUCCAAUCAAGUGGAGGCACGCAAGUUCGCUUUGAUAUGGAAUGAGAUAAUUGGUAUAUUUAGGGAGGAGGAUAUUGUCUCUGAUCGCGAGGUUGAGUUAUUGGAGCUGCCGCCCAAUACUUGGAAUGUCAGGGUCGUCCGUUGGCCUUGUUUUCUCCUUUGCAAUGAGCUGCUUCUUGCUCUGUGCCAGGCGAAAGAGCUGGUAGAUGCUCCUGAUAAGUGGCUGUGGUAUAAGGUCUGCAAGAACGAGUACAGGCGCUGUGCUCUCAUUGAAUCGUAUGAUAGUGUGAAGCACCUGCUGCUGAAGAUAAUCAGGGUCAACAGUGAAGAGCAUUCGAUUAUGACAGUACUCUUUCAAGAGAUUGAUCAUUCUAUUGAGAUCGAGAAGUUUACCCAGUCAUUCAAAAUGACUGCGCUUCCUCAGAUUCACAAUAAUCUGAUAAAGCUCGUCGAACUGUUGAUCAAGCCUAAGAAAGACCUGAGCAAGGUGGUGAACACGCUGCAGGCACUUUACGAGAUUGCCAUUAGAGACUUUCUCAAGGAAAAGAGGACCGCUGGACAGCUGAAGGCAGAUGGUCUGGCACCCAGAGAUGCUGCUUCUGGUGCUGGUUUGCUUUUUGAGAACGCAGUCGUAUUGCCUGAGCCAGAUGAUGAGAAGUUCUAUAGGCAGGUCCGGCGAUUGCACACUAUCCUUACCUCCCGGGACUCGAUGCAUGACAUUCCUGUAAAUCUCGAGGCGCGAAGGCGAAUUGCCUUUUUCAGUAACUCACUGUUCAUGAACAUGCCUCAUGCUCCCCAAGUAGAGAAGAUGAUGGCUUUCAGUGUUCUGACUCCCUACUACAACGAAGAAGUCGUAUUCAGCAAAGAACAACUUCGUACUGAGAAUGAGGAUGGAAUCUCCAUUUUGUAUUACUUGCAGACAAUAUAUGAUGAUGACUGGAAGAACUUCAUGGAGAGGAUGCGUCGUGAGGGGAUGGUAAAGGACAGUGAGAUCUGGACAACCAAGUUGAGGGAUCUCAGGCUUUGGGCGUCAUAUCGAGGGCAGACUCUUGGCAGAACGGUGAGGGGGAUGAUGUAUUAUUAUAGGGCCCUCAAGAUGCUGGUUUUUCUUGAUUCUGCAUCAGAAAUGGAUGUCAGGGAAGGGCCGGUAGAGCUUGGGUCAAUGCGUAGAGAUGGUACUCUGGAUAGCUUUGACUCGGGAAGGUUGCCUUCUUCCAAGAGCCUUAGCAGAGCAAGCAGUUCCGUAAGCACUUUGUUUAAAGGCCACGAGGAUGGCACGGCCAUGAUGAAAUACACGUAUGUGGUUGCCUGCCAAAUUUACGGGGCCCAGAAGGCCAAAAAGGACCCUCAUGCUGAUGAAAUAUUGUACCUGAUGAAAAACAAUGAAGCCCUGAGGGUAGCGUAUGUAGAUGAAGUAUCCACUCGAAGGGAUGAGAAGGAGUAUUAUUCGGUUCUUGUGAAAUAUGAUCAGAAGCUACAGAAGGAAGUGGAAAUAUACAGGGUGAAGCUGCCUGGUCCUGUGAAAGUUGGAGAGGGAAAGCCAGAGAAUCAGAACCAUGCUCUUAUUUUCACUCGUGGAGAUGCAGUCCAGACCAUUGACAUGAACCAAGACAACUAUUUCGAGGAGGCACUCAAGAUGCGGAACUUAUUGGAAGAAUAUAGGGCUUUUUACGGCAUCCGCAAACCCACAAUCUUGGGAGUGAGAGAACAUAUUUUUACUGGUUCAGUUUCAUCUCUUGCUUGGUUUAUGUCUGCACAGGAGACGAGUUUUGUCACAUUAGGGCAGCGUGUCUUGGCCAACCCUUUGAAAAUUCGGAUGCACUAUGGCCAUCCGGACGUUUUCGAUAGGUUUUGGUUCUUGAGUCGGGGUGGGAUUAGCAAAGCUUCCCGGGUUAUCAACAUCAGCGAGGACAUUUUUGCCGGUUUUAAUUGCACUCUGAGGGGAGGGAAUGUCACGCACCAUGAGUACAUCCAAGUAGGGAAGGGGAGGGAUGUUGGGUUGAAUCAGGUAUCCAUGUUCGAGGCCAAAGUUGCCAGUGGAAAUGGUGAACAAGUUCUUAGCAGGGAUGUUUACAGGUUGGGGCACAGGCUAGACUUCUUUCGCAUGCUCUCCUUCUUUUACACGACCGUUGGAUUCUUUUUCAACACAAUGAUGGUUAUAUUGACUGUGUAUGGGUUUUUGUGGGGUCGACUUUACCUGGCUCUGAGUGGUGUUGAGGCUGCUGCCACCAGUGGUGACAAUAGAGCACUUGGUACCAUUUUGAAUCAGCAGCUUAUCAUCCAACUAGGUCUAUUCACGGCCCUUCCGAUGAUAGUGGAGAAUUCUCUUGAACUUGGGUUUCUUCAAGCUAUCUGGGAUUUCAUAACCAUGCAGCUCCAGCUUUCAUCUGUUUUCUACACAUUUUCCAUGGGAACCCGUACCCACUUCUUUGGCCGGACUAUUCUUCAUGGUGGUGCCAAGUACCGUGCUACUGGCCGGGGUUUUGUUGUGCAGCACAAGAGCUUUGCGGAGAAUUAUAGGCUAUACGCUCGCAGUCAUUUUGUUAAAGCGGUUGAACUUGGUCUCAUACUUACUGUUUAUGCAUCGCACAGUCCUAUUGCCAAAGACACUUUCGUGUACAUUGCCUUGACCAUUACAAGUUGGUUCCUUGUCGUGUCAUGGAUCAUGGCUCCAUUUGUGUUCAACCCUUCUGGUUUUGAUUGGUUGAAAACUGUCUACGACUUUGAUGAUUUUAUGAAUUGGAUAUGGUACCGUGGUGGUGUGUUUGCAAAGGCUGAACAAAGUUGGGAGAGAUGGUGGUAUGAGGAGCAGGAUCACCUCAGAACCACUGGCUUUUGGGGAAAGAUUUCUGAGAUAAUUUUGGAUCUUCGCUUCUUCUUUUUUCAAUAUGGCAUUGUCUACCAGCUUGGCAUUGCUUCGGGAAGUACCAACAUUGCUGUUUAUUUGCUAUCUUGGAUUUUUGUUUUCGUGGCUUUUGGAGUAUACUGGGUGAUAUCAUAUGCUCAGGACAAGUAUGCAGCAAAAGACCACAUCUACUAUCGGCUUGUUCAGUUCCUUGUUAUUAUUCUUGGAAUUCUCUUAAUUUUUGCAUUGCUGGAGUUUACUAACUUCAAAUUCAUGGACAUUUUCACUAGUCUGUUGGCGUUCGUCCCCACUGGGUGGGGCAUCAUAUUGAUCGCUCAGGUGCUCCGACCAUUUCUGCAGAGGACCAAGCUCUGGGAUAGUGUUGUUUCUGUGGCCCGGAUGUACGACAUUAUGUUUGGAGUCAUAGUCAUGGCCCCAGUAGCAUUACUAUCUUGGAUGCCUGGGUUUCAGUCAAUGCAGACACGAAUCUUAUUUAAUGAAGCUUUCAGUCGAGGCCUACGAAUAUUCCAGAUUGUUACUGGAAAGAAAUCGAAGGUUGACUUGUGAUCGGAGGCUCGAAGUCAACGUGAGAUGUAGAAAUACUGUAGAAUCUGAGAGACUUGAUCCAGAGUUGUUGUGCAUGACCAUGGUGACUCUCCAGCUCCUUGCGAUUGGAUUUGAUUGCGAGGGUGUUCAUAGCUCUGCUUCCUUUUUUGUACUGUUUAUACCCCAUCUGCUGCUGUAAUUAGUUACUAAGUACCGAGUGACUUCAUUAGAGUGCGGUCAGAGAGUUCCCCAUGAGAUCGAUCGAUGGAGAUUUCUGUGAUCUUAAUAUUGCAUGACGAGGUAGUUACACACUUGUGUGAUUCUUUCAUCACAUAAUGCAUACAUUUGUUUCCAUGCCCACAUUUGAGUUUGGUAUGGGACACGAUGAGAACACCGAUGUCCUGUACAAUGCGCGAGCGAUUCUUGUUA